CUGCGCGAGGGAGAAACUCCUCCCUCCCUCCUUCCUUCCUUCCCACCUGGGGGUGGAUCCCUGGCCGGGGCGGAGGCGGCGUGCAGCGCGGGAAGCUGUGCAAAUGGCCGGGGCGGAGCGGGAGGUGGCGCGGCUGGCGUUGGCUUCCCUGCCGGGGGCUCCCCGAGACCCGCUGCACCUCCUCCCUUGUUCCAUCCAGCACGACGGGCCCGCCGCCGUGGCGCGCUACUUUGCGCCCGCCGUCCGCCGCCAUCCAGAGGCGCCAGAGGGAGAGGCCUCGGUGUCCUUCCGUGGCCGAAGCUUGAAGGGGAAGGAAAGCUGUCUUCCGAAAGGAUAUGUCGGGUUAGUGCUGGAAGAGGCCAACUUAGGCCUAACAUCCAAGGAACGGGAAGUGGGUGUGAAGUCGACUUUUGAUUCCCUGACAGUAUGGAACCUGGAACGGGCACCAAGUAACAGCGAUGAAAUCGUCAUGGCUUUCGCUUGGCCAGCGAUCGCUCGAGGGAUCCACGCCCCCGUGACUGAUGAAGAGUGAGGAAGACCAGAGUGUUUGUCCGAAGGGAUUUUCCGAGAAAAAUACGUUGUGCUGUGACUUGGGUGAGAAAGAAGACGGAACCAAAACUUCAGCCUCUCUUUUGCUGCGUUAAGGAAGGUCCCUUUGCUUAUUCUUUUUCCUUCCAAACUCUUAUUUGCAAUUCAUGCUUUUAUUUUACAGCCGCUUGGAAAGAAAUUGCAGCCUUGCGUGGAUCUUAGGCUGACUUUUAAUUACUUUUAGGUAUAUAUGUUUUUGUUGCUUUUGAGGGCUUCAUUCCUUGAAUGAUUUGAGCACCUUUUGUUUCCCACUGAAGACGGACAAGGCCCUAUUUAAAAUUUUAGUGUCUGCUGGGGGCUUCUAACUACUUCUGGCAUUUAUUUAUUUUUUUAAAAAAAACACACGAAUAAAACCUCUCCUUGUUUUGAAA